CCACCUCAGCUCCGCAGACUGGGCCGCCGUCGCCGCGGCCGCCACCCCGUCCAAGACCGCCAGGCAGUGCCGCCACAAGGUCGAGAAGCUCCGCCGACGCCUCCGCUCCAAGCGCCGCCGCCCCUGCCCCAUCCUGGACGGCAUAGAUCUGCUCGACGACCCUUCGUCGUCCCCAUCACGCUCCCACUCCCCGUCCCCGCCGCCGCCGGCCUCCCCGCUUCCCCCCUCUCCCUCCCCGCCCAAGAAGAGGAAGCGGCCCGAUCCCGAUGAAGAAGGAUAUGCCGGGGAGAGCGACGUGGUGCAGGCGGUGAGGGCGAUCGGAGAGGGAUUCGUGCGCGCCGAGCUGAGGAGGAUGGAGGCGGCCAGGGAGUCGCAGCGGAUGCGCAUGGAGAUGGCGCUGCGGCACCUCGACGCGCAGCGCCGGCUCCUGGAAGGUCUCGUUGGCCGCAUCGUGGACGCGUUGGAAUGAAGCGGUGGCGCGGCAAAGGUGUUCCUUCCUUUCAAGAUCUUUCGUGCUUUCUCCUGGUUACACACUCCCUGGCGAGUUGAGGUGUUAGAGCUGUGUCCUUCGUAUACUUCACAUAGAUGUAGAUGCGUAGAGAGCAAAUCCUGCUGUUUUUACUGUCUUUUGUAUAGUUGUCUGGCCGAGUGGAAGCACUUCUUAUGGGAAAGAAAUAGAUCUUGAGUUUUCUUGAUCUGGUA